CCUCUCAAAUCAAUACAUCUGGCAAAUACAAAGAUUGAUGAAUGGCGCUGGGAGUUGGAGGUGACCGAUUUAGUACAAGAACCAGCACAAACGAAGAAAAGAGCAGAAAAUUGAAGAAAUGAAAAUGAAGGCAGAAACUGUUACACUGAUUCUGGUGAACCUGGCAGGGAUAAUGGAGAGAGCAGAUGAGUCAUUGCUACCAGGUGUGUACAAGGAAGUUGGUGCAGCACUUCACACUGACCCAACUGGCCUUGGCUCACUCACUCUUUUCCGAUCCAUUGUGCAGUCCUCUUGCUACCCCUUAGCUGUCUACCUCGCCGUCCGCCACAACCGCGCCCAUGUCAUUGCUAUCGGCGCUUUUCUUUGGGCCGCUGCCACCUUUCUUGUUGCGUUCUCCUCUACUUUCCUUCAGAUAGCUGUAUCGCGAGCGUUGAAUGGGAUUGGCCUUGCAUUAGUAGCACCUGCAAUUCAGUCCCUUGUGGCCGAUUCAACAAAUGAUAGCAAUCGUGGAAUAGCUUUUGGAUGGCUUCAGCUAACAGGCAAUCUUGGUUCCCUUAUUGGUGGACUCUUCUCUGUAAUGAUAGCUCCGAUAACGUUCUUUGGUAUCCCAGGUUGGAGGAUUUCCUUCCAUAUUGUUGGACUGAUAAGCAUUGUAGUAGGGACUGCAGUCUACCUAUUUGCCAACGAUCCACACUUCUCCAAGGAUGUGGAAAAUGUGAGCAAUCAAGUUCCAAGUAAAACGUUUUGGUCAGACGUGAAAGAUCUUGUUGAAGAAGGCAAAUCAGUUUCUAAGAUUCGGUCUUUCCAGAUUAUUGUUACACAGGGUGUCACUGGUUCCUUUCCAUGGUCAGCUUUGUCAUUUGCACCAAUGUGGUUAGAGCUUACCGGCUUCUCCCACGAGAAAACUGCUUUCCUCAUAGCUUUAUUUGUGAUUGCUAGCUCAGUUGGGGGAUUGUUUGGAGGUAAGAUGGGGGAUAUCCUUUCGAUGCGUCUUCCCAAUUCUGGGAGGAUAAUUCUAGCACAGAUAAGCUCUGCAUCAGCAAUUCCUUUAGCAGCAAUCCUUUUGCUUGGAUUACCGGCUGAUCCAUCUACAGCAAUACUUCAUGGCUUGGUUUUGAUAAUCAUGGGGCUCUUCAUAUCUUGGAAUGCUCCAGCUGCAAAUAAUCCAAUUUUUGCAGAGAUAGUUCCGGAGAGAUCCCGAACAAGUGUGUACGCACUUGACCGUUCUUUGGAGUCUAUACUAUCAUCUUUUGCACCCCCUGUAGUGGGGAUUUUGUCUCAACAUGUUUAUGGAUAUAAGCCCAUCCCUAAAGGAUCUAGUGAAUCUCAAGAGAUUUUAACAGAUAGAGAGAAUGCAGCAUCAUUGGCCAAGUCGCUUUACAUGGCAAUAGGAAUUCCGAUGGCUCUCUGCUGUUUGAUCUACUCGUUCCUUUACAGGACCUACCCAAGGGACAAGGAAAGAGCUCGGAUGGAGGUGUUAAUAGAGUCAGAGAUGCAGCAAAUUGAUUCAGAUGGUGCAGCAAUGAUUGAACCAGAAGAACUGUUUAUUGGGGAUUAUGAUGGUGAUGGUGAUGGUGAUGGUGAUGGUGUUGAUCAUGAUGAAGAUGAAGAAAACAUAUUGCUCUACCGGCAGUCCACAUUUUCAAACUUCCAACUUAGGUAAAUAGUUACUCAGAUGAAAAGACAUAUAGAAAAGGUGGAUACUUCAAUGAUGUCUUCAUAUGAAGAUCAUAUUGUGAAUCAUGAGAUAGUUCAGCAGCUCUUUUACUCAGUUUCCUUGGAUCCAGAGAUUGUGUUUCAGUUGUUUUCACUGGUGGGUAGUUUUCCAAAACUGAACCUGAUUUUUUUUACGGUCCGAUUCUUUUGAGGAAAGAGCUUCCCCUUUUGUAACCAAUUGGAUACAGUGAAUGUAAUUUUUUUUUUCUUGCAACACAAUAGCAAGUACUAAAGAUGAUUGGAAGAGUGGCUGAGAAACGAUCCAAAUCUCACGAGUAUUUGUUUGAGUUUGAAUCCCGCCACUGACAUAAGGAUUAUCUUGGUGGGUGAUUUGAAGUACUUUCAUAAACACUUUUAAGAGCAUAGAGGCAUAUCCUUAUUUUAGCUGAAUAACCGAGGUAGAAUACAUUUAAAUCCUUUUGGGAUAAGAAAAAUCACUACAGGGAGUGGAUGAGGGGGCAUGGUUGACGGAGAUCCAGCACACCACAUAUCAAACUUUACACCGUUGCAGAACGGAUUGAAGACAUUCUAGCAGCGACUCCAUGCUGCCAUUGGGGAAAGGAGGAGGAUGAUGCGAUGGCCAUGGUAGUGCGAAUGUUGGUAAUUGAAGUAAAAGCUUAUCAACUAACUAUAAGUAAGUUGACCCUAAAAAUUCAUGAAGAAUAUAUAUCUAGUUCGCCAUAGUUAACCCAAGACACUAAAAUUCUUGUAUUGCUGAAUUUAAGUUGGUCAAAUGGCUAA